GAACUCAACACGCUGCCGUCGAAUCGUUGAGUCAAUCGUCGAGUCCAUCAAACAAAAUUGAUCGAGGUAAAUAUCGCGCAUCCUUCCCUCGACGACCGUGGAGCGCUCCCAGUCAACUAACGACGCGUCGCAGUAACCGCAUCCGCCUUCAUCAUGGAGUCCCCCACUGUCGACACCGUGACCCAGACCCCUGGCACAACCAAGAGCAAGGCCGGCAAGCUGAAGACUUACGCCAAACAACGCGCCAGCUCGGCCUCGAAGCCAAUGAGAAGCAGCGCACGCAUUCGCGCUGCUUCCGAGGAGUUGAUCGAACAGCAGACUCCUGCACGACCCAGCAUUCCGCAAACCAUUGACGAAACUCCAGUACAAGCCAAGGCCGCCAGAAAGACACGAAAGCGCAAGGCUGACACGGCCGCAUCACCUGUUGUCGAUGAAGCUAUGGCCGACGCUGCUGUUGAGGAGCCAGCUGCACAGCCCGCCAAAAUUCGCAAGCGUCGCUCAAAGAAGCAGGCCGAGGCAGAAGUCGAGCCUGAAGAAGAACAGGAGGCCGAAGUGCCAGAAACACAGGAGCCCGGCGAGGAACAAGCCGAGGAGCCACUCGAAGACGCUGAGGAGCACCCCGCUGAACCCGAGGAAGCGCGCGAGGAUGUAGUCGAUGAGCCUGAGGUUGAAGCUGGCGCCGCGGAUGAGGAGCCCGAAGAGCCGAUCGACAACACGGAAGGCGACAUUAGCCAAUUCGAGGUACCGCCGGACUCUGACAACGGAGAGGAGGAAGCCCAAACUUCAUCAGCGAAGCCAAAGACAAAACGCAAGCGUCAAUCCACCGAGAACGGGUCGCCUGCUCCAUCAGUCAAACGCGUCAAGCGAGCCUCAAUGCCACGAGCAGCUGCCGGUGACUACCCUGAGCAUGGUCCAUUCACGCCUGUCGAGUGUGACCUGAUCGAGACUCACUUGGUGCAAUUCUGUCUUGACAACGGAUUGUCGCGCGAUCAGCUCGUAAACAUGAUCCAGGCAUCAUCACGGGAAAUGAGCAAAAUCUACGUCGACCUCGCCACCGACGUCCUGCCACACCGCAACCGUCGCGCCGUCCAACGCUACUGCCGCCGUCACUACAACAACUUCCAACGCGGUCGCUGGACCGAGGAGCAAGAUGAGUUGUUGCGCAACGCCUACGCCGAGAAUCCCAACAAGUGGGUCAAGAUUGGCGAACGUGUCGGCCGCAUGCCAGAGGACUGCCGCGACCGCUGGAGAAACCACGUCUCGCUCGAUCAACGUCAUACCGAUGUCUGGACCCAGGACGAAGAGCAACGUCUGGCCACCGCUGUACGUGACUGUCUCCGAGCCGUCGAAGCUACCAUGGACACGACACUCGGCCGCGAGAACGAAGACGACUACAUUGCUUGGAACGUCGUGGUGCAAAAGAUGAAUGGCUCACGCAACCGCCUCCAAUGCAGCAUGAAGUGGCGCAAGAUCAAGCAACGCGUCAUCCGCGAGGAGGCCAACCAAACCGAACGCGAAGAAGCCAUUAAGCGUGGAGAAAUCGCACCUACAGAAGAAUACGACGACGGCAUGACAUCGCCCCACACGACCACCCGCUGGAAGGCCGAAGCAGCCCGCCGCUUCGACGAGAUGACCGUCGGCGACAUGCUCGACGUAACACGCGAAACACUCUACGGCGCACAAAUGGGAGCCUUUGCCAGCAAAAACACCUUCUGGGCUGUCGUGACCAGAUUACAUGCAGGCUCCCCCUGGUCAACAGCAGACCGCAAGCAAGUGUACAGAAAACUCAAGGACACCGCUGGCGACCAAAAGGAUUUCCGAGGUAACCUCGAAGCUCAGGUUGAAUGGCUCGAGUCACACUUUGAUGCUGAUGCACUGGCUGUGCGCACGGCUCCUAAGCAUAGAGCUAGUCAUGGAGGUAGAAGAAGCACGGGCACUUUCCGCAGUGAGGAGAAGGUGCACGAGUCUGAUGAUGAGGGAGAUGUGACUAUGCCUUCUAUAGGUGUGCAGCAGCAAAUUGAUGAGGAGAUGGCUGAUGCUGUUGGUCACAAUGGCGUUGAUGCUGAGAUGACUGCUGAACAAGAAGCCGAGAUUAAUGGAAAUGGAAACGGAUAUGCUCAAGAGGAGGAACUUGCAGAGCAGGAGCAGACACAGGUUGAGGAAGAGCCGGAAGUACCACAGAGCCCGCAUGUCAGCGAGUCUGAGCACGAGGAGGCCGAUUACCAGUAAGCGAUUAUAAUUCCGCGACGCAGAGGCUGAGGAACGGUUGGAAGGAGAUGGGGGAGUGGACGCUACAAUGAUCCGGAAGGCGGAUGGAUUGGGUUUGCUUCGUUGUGUAAUUUUUUUUGCCUUUGUUGCUGUUCUUUCUGCCUUUGUUGCUUUUUUUUCUUCUGAUAUCCAAAGUUACCAAUCGAGUAUUUUCUUCCCUCCACUGUCCCUUUCUAGCCAUGGGUCAUAGGUGGCUUGGCUUGGUUGCGACUGCAAGUGCAGAGCCUUGUAUCCAUCAAGGUGCAAGAGCAAGAUGUUGGAUGGACGUUUAGGCUUCGGUCAGGGUUAUAUACUUCAACCAA